UUCUCUGGAUCUCUGAGACCGGUACCUUUCUCGUCUUCCUCUCUCGCUCUGCGCGUUUCCCCUUUUGGGUAAUUUUACCUCGGGACGCAGUGUCGUUCAGUCAAUCCUUUUUCCCAUCUACACUACAAUCUAUUGUCAAGUGGGGCCGUUCCCAAUUUUAUCGACCCUUUUCUACGCUAUUGCCAUACCCGCUCGCCAACCGACCCCACCUGAAGACUCCUGUAUCCGUUCCCUCGGGUCGCUGUUCCUUCACCUCUUGUACUCGCAUUUCUCAAGGCGGCUUCCCCUCGCGGUCCUCUUGUCGUUUCCGUCCAUCUUCAUAUAUGUCCGAGUUGCAAUCCUCCUCCCGCUUUCUAGCUCCAGCUCCUGGUCAGCCCUCGAACGCCAAAGUGCCGGACAAUGUAGUUCAGGGUCGCAAGCACAAGACCGCCGCCUGCAAGGCGUGUAAGCAGAAGAAGCUCAAGGUGGGAUUUCUUCACUAAGCCCGUCGUCACUGGUAUCUUAUACCGUCACAUUGAAGCGUCUUUCGUCGGCUGACCCCCCGCAAGUGCAGAGGUGACCCACCAUGUCAACACUGUGUGGCAAACGGCAUCCCAUGUCUGGUCGACGAGAUGGCCGACAUGCGCCGCAAAUAUGCCAUGAAGCGCAAGCUAGAGCGUCUCGAACAAGCCGAAGAGACCCUGUUGCAGUUGAUUGAUGCUCUGCGGGAGAGUAAGAGCAAACGCCUGGGGCGGCUCCUGGAUCUCAUCCGGAGUAAUGCCCCCUUCGAGGAACUCCAAAUAUUCCUGGGGCAACAAUUUACCGGGCGCGAUAUCGAACAGUCCCCGGAACUGCGUGAGAUCCAAAGCCAAAUCUCUCGUCCCUCCGACGAUGUUGACGAGGAGCAACCACCCUCUCAAAUCAGAAACCCCCGUCGCGUCCUGGAUGUCCGCCGUCUCGCCGAUAGCCCUGUUCAUCGAGUCCCUGCGAAGCCGUGGACCACUGUCACCGACGACGACGACCUUGUAUCCCACCUCAUUUCGCUGUGGCUGACGUGGACCUAUCCCUUCUUCCACUGGUUGGAUAAGGAUGCUUUCCUCCGGGACAUGCGAGCCGGCAAUCUGCAGUGCCGGUUCUGUUCGCGCUUCUUGGUGAACGCCAUUCUCUCUGAGGCCAGCUACUACUCUGACUACGCCGAAGUAUUCACCGUUCCUCACGACACGCUCACACGGGGAGACCAUUUUUACGAAGAAGCCCGUCGGCUCCUGGAAGAGGAGGAGGGAGGGGCGACAAUCCCAACUAUUCAAGGACUUCUAGUUUUGUUUAUUCGGAUGGUUCUGAUGGGCAAAGACCGGUUAGGCUGGAUGUAUCUGGAUCUAGCCAUUCGAACGGCAGAGGAGUAUGCGGAAAGCCAUCCACCUGGCCAGGAGUCGGAUGUUACGGUUGAGAUUGUCGUGAACAGAACUCUCUGGGGGGCCUUCAACAUUGCUUCGACAGCAACGGUAUCGCUGAUGAAGCAUGUCAACGUCAAACCCCCGCAGCGUCCGCGUGUCCCUGUUACCCAUGGCGAUGCGCAUGAUGUCUGGUAUUCAUACCCGCGAGAGGUGGACGCCGUUCGCGGCCAUCACAAUUGCGUGUUCGACCGAUGGUGCGACUUUUGCUGCAUCAUGAUACGGAUUAGCAUGGGUUUUCACGACGUAGAGCAUCUUGUUGCCCCGUCGCAGAUGAUCGGGUUUGUCGAUAGCAUCUACAAACAGCUCCAGGAGUGGCAUGCCCAUCUGCCGCCGUGCUUGAGCGCGGAGGUGGCGACUGUUCCCCACAUCCUGAGUCUUCAUCUGUUCUACCACACCACCGUCAUGCAGAUCUUUGGAUUUCUCCGGUACAACCGUGAGGUCGCCCUCGACGUAUCCACCGCCGCACAUGCACGAGAGCUCUGCCUGUCGUCGGCGCGCCGGGUGGUAGCGCUGCUGCGAGUUCAUCGCGACAAAUGGGGCAUCGACCGAAUGGCGCCGUCGACGAUCCAGUGGUGCAGCAUCGGCAUGUUUACUCUUAUGGAGUCGCCCGACUCCACGGAGAACCGCAACGCUUUCAUCGAGCUUUGCAUUAUCGCCCAGGCGUUUUCGCGGCGCUUUCCCCUAGCCAAGGGAAUUCUACGAAUGAUCCAGUUAUCCGCGAACCAGACGCAGGUGGCACUACCAGAGGAGACACACGCGCUAUUUACUGACUUCGGGGCGCUGGGCUGGAAGGAGCGCGACGCACGGGAGUUCAGCAGCUUCUACCCUCAUUUCAGCUCGGUCGUGCAGCAGGGGCCGGGCCGCCAGGGAGAUGUGGAUAUGGACCAAUUUCUGGCUAAAUGGGAUGCUCUCUGUUUCUCCCAGGCGAAGCAAGAUCCGGACGUGUCGGAGGCCGAUGUGGAGCGAGACAGCUCGGCUGAUGGGUGACGGCAUCGUCAGCCACCUUUCUCUUAUCUGAAAAUUCGUGACGAAGUAAUGAACGAUUACCAAGUAAUUCUACGGAGUAGAUCCUUUUCUCCAUAAUUCACUCCGUACAUUUUCCCAUUCUAGGUAGCCCUACCCAGCACACCCCAUUGCCGGAUCCGGUAUGCCUAGAACGUCCGAAGCUAGUGCAAAACUUGGCCCCGGUGGUGUUCUAUAGAAUAGCGAUCGACAUGUG